CUUGGCAUCGCCCUUGCCUGUAGUUUUUCUCUCUCCCAUUUGCAUCCUGCGCGGAGUCGGGCAGGACGCGGCUUCCUCUCUUCCUCGGAGAGCUCGGGGCCCCUCCGUGGGAGGGGAGGGGGCUGGUUUGUACCUUCACAACAACCCUGCGAGGUUGAUUUUGCAUUGGACUUCAUAUUUGCUUAGAUGGUCUGGAGUUUCCUGUUCUUAAGAAUAAGUCUCAUACUACACAGAUAGCAAGAUGAGUUCCUUAAUAGAAACCCCUGAGCUGCCGGCGGUGUUUGAUGGGGUUAAAUUGGCUGCUGUCGCUGCUGUUCUUUACAUUAUUGUUCGUUGCCUGAAUCUGAAGAGCCCAACCGCACCUCCUGAGCUGAUAUACCAAGACACACCUUUAGCCCGCUUCCUAAUCAAGUCGUGCCCUCUCCUAACCAAAGAGUACAUUCCACCUUUGAUCUGGGGUAAGAGUGGGCACAUUCAGACUGCCCUUUACGGGAAGAUGGGGAGAGUAAGUUCGCCACAUCCUUACGGGCUUCGCAAGUACCUCACCAUGUCAGAUGGCGCCACAGCCACUUUUGACCUCUUUGAACCGCUAGCUGAAAACAGCAGCAAAGAAGAUAUCACAAUGGUCAUCUGCCCUGGAAUAGCUAAUCACAGUGAGAAGCAGUACAUCCGAACCUUUGUUGACUAUGCUCAAAAGAAGGGCUACCGAUGCGCUGUGUUAAAUCACCUCGGGGCCCUUCCAAAUAUUGAGCUGACAUCGCCACGCAUGUUCACGUAUGGUUGCACCUGGGAAUUUGCUGCUAUGGUGAGCCACAUCAAGAAGACAUAUCCUCAGUCCAACCUUGUUGUUGUUGGCUUUAGCCUUGGUGGAAAUAUAGUGUGCAAAUAUCUUGGCGAGUCCCACAUUAACCAGGACCGGGUGCUCUGUUGUGUCAGUGUGUGUCAGGGGUAUAGUGCAUUGAGGGCACAGGAAACCUUCAUGCAGUGGGACCAGUGCCGGAGAUUUUACAAUUUCCUCAUGGCAGACAACCUGAAAAAAAUCAUCUUGUCUCACAGACAAGCCUUGUUUGCUGAAACUACGAGAAAGGUACAUAGUUUAGUGGAAACAGAUCUAAGCAGACUGCACAUGGCAACGUCUCUUAUGCAGAUUGAUGACAGCAUUAUGAGAAAAUUUCAUGGUUACGGCUCCCUAAGAGAAUAUUAUGAACAGGAGAGUUGUCUGCAUUACUUGCACAGAAUCUUUGUUCCCCUCUUGCUAGUUAAUGCUGCUGAUGACCCAUUGGUGCAUGAUAGCCUCUUAUCCAUCCCAAGAGCCCUCUCAGAGAAACAGGAAAACGUCAUGUUCGUUUUACCCUUGCACGGGGGCCACCUGGGAUUUUUUGAAGGGUCCGUCCUUUUUCCUGAACCCCUUACCUGGAUGGAUAAGCUGGUGGUGCAGUACGCAGAUGCCAUCUGUCAGUGGGAGAAGAAUAAAUUUCAUUGCUCGGAUACGGAACAAUCAUCUGGCCAAGAAUAAACCAGUCCCAAAGACUUUUUUUCAGGUUGUUUCCGACUUAGUUUCCAUCUUCUUCUUCCUUGCUGCUUUUUUUCCAGGCCAGGCCUGAUCAUCUUCAGUGUAGGCAUUCGACCUCAGCGUUUCAGGCCAAAUAGAGCUACGGCACGAAGGUGUUGAUGUUUUGAACGGUUUGGGAGUGGGCUUGCAGCCUACUCAACUCAGAGAGGAACCCUUGGGGUGGCUGCCUGUAGCUUACUAUAAGGUUUCGAAACUAGCGAAACACCUGGACAUCUUGGAGAGGGGCAAGGUGUCCCAACGCUUACCUUUUUCACUGUUCAAAGAAAACAAGCAGAGCAACCAUGCCUGGUUGUUUUUGCAAAACUUGCCUAGUGUGUUACUAAUGCGAGAUAGAAGUGUACUUUCUUUGUGGUCGUGUUUCACCUCGUUAACCACCGCGGGCCCUGGGAAAAGGGAAAUUUUACACAUCUGCGAAAGACACAGAUAAAACCGUCUCCGCAUCUCUCGAGUGAGGAAGGACUUCUUCGUUCUUUCUUGUGAAUGCAUCUCAAGGUUUUCGGUGGCUUUGAAAACGUUCGGGAGGUCAAUCGGCCCUUAAUUCCAGAAUUCUGACUGAGUGCAUUCAGUCAAUCACCCUUUUUGCUUUUCUCACUGGGGCUUUCCACGUAGAAAGCUCUGGGACUCAAUGGUAGAUGCCCUGCUCUGUUAACUACUUGAUAUUGAAACAAGUAGCCUUGUGAUCGUUGCCUUUUCUGAAACAAGGCAUUAUAUUUUGACAUAAAAGUCGUGAGUGCUCCUAACCCAGGCCUUUUAAUACUGUCUGUAAGUGAAAAACCAGUGACCAUCAGUUUGUAAGUUAUCUGUUCUUCUUUUUUUUUUUGGUUAGAGAAAUUUCAUAUGCGAAGGAUGGAGAAAAUAAAACAUCCAAAUUCUUUUCACCUCCCCAGCAUACUAAAGCAGUGUAGUAAGAUUUUGAAAGCCACAAUGGUCUCAGCUUAAAGAAGUUUGUUUUUUUGUUUUUUCAAAUGUACUGUAUGCCUUAACUAUUAGUGGCUUCUGCAAUUCCCUGAGUCCAAAGGUGCUUGUUAAAACUUUCAGCCCAGUGACAUCAAAUGGGAUUGGCAACUUCAAGCGAGAUGCAAUAAUGCAGAUAAAAUGGAGAAAUAGGACUUUUUGCUGAUGUAGAAUAGAGAAACAGAUUUUUGUACUGAGCAAGUUUCCAACCUGAAAGUUAAAAAAAAAAAAAAAAAGACACAUCUGUAUUUGUACAUGCACCCAUUCAUUCAUUCAUUCUGAAGUCUGGAUUACUUAAGACAGUGCAACUUUGCGAUUAGACUAGUUUUCAACUGCAGUUCUGUUUUCAACUGUCAGUUUGGUGUUCCUUCCUUAGGCGUAUUUCAGUUUACAUUUGAACAGUCAUUCCCCUGCAUUAUAGUCCCUAUAAUAGUUAGCACUUUAUUGCUUCUAUCUUUUGCUUUGCUGCCUAGACACUUUAAUUAUAGCAGGCACUUGUUGUUUUUUUAAACUGUUGGGAAGUCUUUCUUGAAAAUAAAUGUAUGGAGUAUCUUCCCAGUUGGUUUGGAGAUUCCGAAAAGUGUAACUUAUGUUUUUCAGGAUUUGUUUUUUGUUUUUAAAAAUUGAGCAAUAUUUGCCAGUAGCAGAGGUGCAUUUCUCACAUCAGAAGUCAAACUGCUCCAUCGUCAGAGCCCUCUUGACCUGUUCAACAAACUCUGUGACCUAAGCAGAGUAAAUGAAUUCAAAUUCUAUUUUGUUCUUACAUAGGAAGGAUCGAUCACUCAUUAAAAAUUUUAAGUUUCUUCCCCCCCCCCACCUCAUGUAGUCUUAUUUUGCUUUUUUGCCAUUUCUUUCUAUUUUCCUGGAAACCAAAUCCAAGAUAAGCAUAUGAUUUUAGCUGCAGAACAACAUUUUAAUAAUCUCAGAUGCUUAUUUCUAUUUAAGGAACAACGACAACAACAAAAAAAAACCUAGUUGUUUCAAUUGUUUUCUUUGCUACAGUAUAUAAAAUAGGAAUGAACAUGACUUAUUUUUCCUCAGCUGAACAAUGUAUUAAAAAGCAGGCAAUAAGAAUCUUAACACUUUCUCAUCAUUUCUGUCUUCAAGAUAAUAACCUUAUUGUGUUUUGUAUUUAAAAUAAAUGUAAUAAAACUAGCAUUUCCUAAUCUGGUGAUCUCCCGUCAAUUCCUGAUAUCUUUACCUUAAUGGCUGGGAAUAAUAUAUUUCAACAACUCUGAAGGAGCAUCAGUUGAUAAAAUAAUUGCUGUGAAUUAAAAUUACUUGUAAGUAAAGGCACUUGCUAGACUUUCUGCUGAAAGGCCUGCGAAGGUAGAGUUUGCCUUUAUUUUUCUUUUUACAACCAGUUGCAGACUUUGUGUACAAUAAGACAAGGAAUUUAAUCUUUCCUUGUUUAAAGUUUGGAAAUGGGGUUGCAAGGUUGUGCGGUUGUAUAACAUAACAAUUUCCAAUGAGGAUUGUUUUUGUGACUUAAAUUCAUUUAGAACUAUUCAAACCCUUGGAAAAUAAUUUUUGCUGCUCCAUCCUGUAAAUAAGACUCUUGUAUGUCCCAGCUGUUAACAGGAAAAAUCAGAACUUUUCAGUAAGUCAGACGGUCAAAGGAAUGUCUUUUGAGUCACAAAUUUGAUCUUUUCUGCUGCAUCAAUGAAAAAGAAACCCAUGUAAGAUGGUGGUAAAUUCAAUUCUAAGUCCCUCUCCCUCCCCCCCCCCCCAAAAAAAAUUCUGUUAAGGAAAAGACUGAAAUGAUGAGAAAUUGACCAACAAAAGAUAGUUGCCAAUUUAUAUACCUUCCUUGGCACUAAGCCUUUUUUUUAUUAUUUUAGUGAAACAGAAUAUUGCUUGAAAGUUUUUGGAAACAGAUCAGAUUUUCCCACCAUUUAUCUUAAACUCAGUUAAAAGAAAACCUCUGGACCAAGAUCUUUUUUAAGAGAUUUUCUUUGCUUUCCAUAUUCGGAAUUUGACAGAUUGUUCCUCUGAAGACUUUUUUGGCAUACUGGAGACAUUACUGCUCAUACAUACAUACUCCCCUUUUUAAUGAAGAUGGGGGUUGGGAAUUGCAUCAGUCCCUCUUGAUAAGCUGUUGCAGCCAAAUGGUCCAUCCGGUGUCACCUUUGUCAGUUGACUAAAAGAUAGAAGCCAACUCUUUCCUGGCAACCUCUGUGCCAGAAUUAAUGUCUUGGCAGCUUUGUCUUUGCAUUAAAGAUAGCUUCUUUGUGGGUCAAGCGUGCAUUUUCCAAAUAUAUGCUAGUUUUACAAGUGUUCCGUAGGUCUACAUGUAAAAAAGGAAAUAGCCAACUAAUAGACUGCAUUUCACCUUCCAUUCCUUUUGCAUUUCAUUCUCCUUCCCUUAAGAACAAUUGCUGACUUUCAGCCAUAUUAUCUCUGCCGUCUUCAAAAUAUGUACUGUAAUAUUGGUGCAUUAAGUCUCUGAUAGCUUCACCCGUAGGUCUGUUUUUAAAGCAGGGCUGAAAAUUGUAGCCCUGUCCUCUAGUGAUGGCAUUGCUAGGCCCCUAGCAGAUAGAUCAGUGCCUGCCUGUGUCAUUCUUGACUGCAGAAACACGACCUAUUUCUGAUCUAAAGGAAUAUGUGACCAGGUCACACAGCCACCCAAUAUUAAUCUUAGUAAUGUGCUAGUCCCGUAUCCCCGCUUGAUGUGCAUACACGUGUUAAAUUUAAAAAAAAGGAAAAAUUGUUAAAAAAAAUCUCACGCAUAGAGAGACCAAAGCACGAGACAAUUUUGUGCUUAGAUUGCACUGUUAGAAUGAUGUGAGCUCAAGUUAUUGUUCACUUCUUUUAGAUGUGUAGAACAGAGCUUCCAGUCCCUGGAGGGGAUUUUUAUCAUAGGAAAAUACCUCAACGAGACAGCUUGACUUUAAAUCGGAAUGAAUGGCCUGGCAGUGGUAGUGAUAAUCAAAAAGAAGAUUUAAGGGGUCCAUAUCACAUUUUCCCCCCUCCCUCCCCCCCAUUCUAUUUCUUUCCGCAUAUGUUAACGUGAUGGUCUUAAUAGCAAACCUGGUUCACUUCCUGCAGAUUCUCUUAAUCAGAGCGAAAGGCAGCUUGGCUGCUGGUUAGAAGAACUGGAGAGGGGAGAAUUCGUAGCUCGGUUUAAAAAGGAAAGGAUUCUCGCCCAGUGUGCUGGUAUCGGAGCCCUUCGCUUUUUGUUCUUUGCAAACCACCUUUGUGCUCUAUGUGUUAAGUCUUUUUUUUCUCUCUCUCUCCUUGAAGUGUCCUUGAUGAGAUUCAUGGUAAAAUAAAAACAAAUCAACUGGGGAGCUGGGGAAGAAUCUCCUUUGAGAACUCUGUGUAUUCCAUUUUAAAUGUUCUUUUUUCUUUCUGCUGGUUUCAUUAAAGGGCAGCAUUUGGCUAAGCUGGAACAGAGAAUUGCCAUUCCCCUUCCUUCCUUUCUUUCUUUUGUCUACCAGAGGAUAUGUAUUUUUAUUUCCUUGAUACGGUGUAUUUCCUUUCAGAUCCUCAGGUUCUGGGACUACCAAAGUCCCAGCAGCUUUGCUGAUUCCAGUCUUAGUGGAACACGGCCUCUUUUUUUGUUUUUAUUUUAUUUUUAUUUUUUUUUUGCCCUCAGGAUUCCUGAAAUGUGGGCAAAAAUAAUGUAUUUGAUGGCUUUAUUUGGCUUUUGUUUUGAUGUGGCAUCCAGUAACAUCUGGGUUUGUGCAAACAAUCCUGCCAUUAUCCAUAGAGGUCCCGUUUCAUAUCACGAGUAGGAAGUCAUACCAUUGCCUGGAACAAAUGAGAAAUUAACCCACUAAUUGGUGGAACCCAUCCUUUACUUUAUCGCCUUCCAAGCUGACGUCAUUCCAGCUGUUUAGAAUGGGUUGCAUUUCAUAGCAAAGCCAUUUAGGCAUUUUGGGAAGUCUUUCUCCUGAUUUAAAAAAAAA